AGCGCUGUGCGAGCUGCGAGCUGCGAGCUGCGAGCUGACGGAUUGGGUUUGACGGCUCGGGGUGAUCCGCGAGGGGACGACGCUCCGAGCCCCCACCGAGACGCAUGCUCUCCGUCGGAUCGCUCGUCCCCGCACUGGCCACGCGCCGCAUCGUCCCUGCGUCCGAGUUUCCACGCAGAACGAACGGAAUCGCAAAGAGCGCGCGGACGCUUCAGGUUGCCGCGCCCAAGGAGUGCAUGCAUGCAACAGUGUUCGCCGCGUGCAGCCGGUCUGGACCCAGCGCGUUCCAUCUGCAGUGAGGGGACUGUUUUCAGGCGACUGCAUUUUAAGGAAUAAUACGAUUUCACGGGAAAACGAGAUCACGAAGGGGAUACGUUACCAGGUUACCAGGUGAAGGCUCCCAGUUUGCUUCACGCCACACGAGGGGAUGUGAUUAUGAGAAGACGCGACGUCGUGUGCAUGAGAUUUCCAGGAAAGUUUGCGUCUAGGUCAUUUCUAAUGGCUCGCCCGUCUUCGUUUUGACACGGACGGUGUGGAGAGGGAUGUCGGUUUGCAGUGCAAUGGCGCGCGGCAUUACCCUCGCUUAACGUCUACGGCGCGAUCCACGGACACUGAAAAUGCAGGCUCUUGUUCUAAAAACAGUACUUUUCCUUGCGGGAUACGCGCACGUUCAGUGUCUUCAAGGCGUUGCUAAUGUACACACCAAAGAAACGGGCGGCCACCUCACCCUGACUCGUGCGUUUGAUCUGAUUAACGGUCACCUUUCGAGAACAUUCAGUGUCACGUUUUCUGCACGACGCCGACCUACAGGCCCAGCCGCAGAUGCCGUCGGGAUGCCUUUAGCCACCAAUAUGAGCACGAUGCCUUCAAAUGUGAGGACUGCAGCGCAUCUCCGUAAACAGUACGGACACAAAUCCGCUCUGCCAGGGAGGACUGACACGGCCACGCAGAGCGCAAACAGGCGCUCGCGGCGGCACGAGAGGGAAAAGUUGAACAGAGAGAUGCGUGCUGCCAUGGGAACAGCAGGUGGACACAAUAAGGCCAAGCCUGAUUCAAAAGGCAGACGAGGGGCGCACAAGAGACACCACAGGCGCAAAAGAGGCACAAAAGAACGCCACAAGAAAACCUUUAAGGCCGCAAGAAGGGGGAUGAAUACAGGUGGCGUUUCUCUGACACCACCCGAAACUUCUGCCAGUGCCCUGACCUCCUCGCUGGCCUUGUGGGAGCCGAUGCAGAAGCCGCUCGCGCUCACCGCCACGGACAUCCCCUUGGAUCUCACCAGACACGUCGAGUUCUACACCAAACACAUAGAUGACCCGUGGGGUGCGACACCCAUGACCCCUCCAUACCCAGAGGAUGAGGAGAACGAAUAUUUCCCCAACCCCUUCUACCCCGUGACCAGCGAGACCUACGGCGCUUACGCAAUCAUGUGUUUUUCAGUGCUUAUUUUUGUAGUGGGAACAAUUGGAAACAUUUCGAUAAUGUGCGUCGUGUGCCAUAACUACUACAUGAGGAGCAUCUCCAACGCACUCCUCGCUAACUUGGCCGUGUGGGACCUCGCGCUUCUCGUCUUCGGCCUUCCUCUCGUGGUCUUCCAUGAGCUGACCAAAACCUGGGUGCUGGGCCACUUCACAUGUAAAGUCAUCCCGUACAUCGAGGUGGCCUCGAUGGGUGUGACCACCUUCACCCUGUGCGCCCUCUGCAUUGACCGCUUCCGCGCUGCCACCAACGUCCAGAUGUACUACGAGAUGAUCGAGAACUGCACGUCCACGGCGGCCAAACUGGCGGUGAUCUGGAUCGGCGCCCUGCUGCUGGCCCUGCCCGAGCUCCUGAUCCGCCAGCUGGUGACGGAGGAGGGCGGAGAGGCAGAGGGCGGGACGUCCGACGAGCGCUGCCUGGUACGCAUCUCCACCUCACUACCGGACACGCUGUACGUGCUGGGCCUGACCUACGAGGGCGCACGCCUGUGGUGGUGCUUCGGCUGCUACUUCUGCCUGCCCACACUCUUCACCAUCGGCAGCUCGCUGGCCACCGCCCAACGCAUCCGGAGGGCGGAGCGCGGUUGUGCCCGCGGCAACAAGAAGCAGGUGCGCCUGGAGAGCCAGAUGAACUGCACGGUGGUGGCGCUGGCCACGGUGUACGGCGCGUGCGUGGUGCCCGAGAACGUCUGCAAUAUGGUGGCGGCCUACAUGGCAGCAGGCGUGGCACCGAGCACCAUGGCACUGCUACACCUGCUCAGCCAGCUGCUGCUGUUCGCGCGGGCAGCCGUCACGCCCGUGCUCCUGCUCUGCCUGUGCCGGCCAUUCGGCCGCGCGUUCCUCGACUGCUGUGGGAGCUGCAGGGGGGCCGCGCGCUCCUCCGCCGCCGCCAGCGACGACAACGAACACGAGUGCACCACCGAGCUGGAGCUCUCCCCCUUCAGCACCAUCCGCAGAGAGAUGUCCAACUACACGGCCACGGGGUCGCACUGCUGAGAACCACACCAGCCACACGCACCAGCCCCAGUGUGUGUGAGUGUGAGUGAGUGUGUGUGCGUGUGUGUGUGUGUUAAUGCCAACCAUGCCACAUUUUGUACUGUAAAAACAACAGCUUUCUAGUCUCACUUAAGUCAAUAGUCUGACCUCACAUCCACAUUGAAGGGACAUACCGUUAACAAGCUUGUAUGUAAUUAUGCUUUUGUAUUCUCACCUUUAAUAUGUGUGUGUUCAGGAAGUAGUGAGUGAGUUUGAUAUUGCAUACAGAUGUUUGCACUGCCAACGACGUUAGCUGUCCUCACGCUGUCCUCAUAGGUCCUGUCACAGGAAGUGCCCCUGCUUUUCUAGGAUCUUUCUAUAGAUGUGUGUUCUGUGCCGUGACCUUUCUCUUGAUGAAAGUGAUUCUUGUAAAUCUGUCUGUGUGAGGAACUUGGCUUAUCUCCAAGAAUCUAUAUGUGUCUGAUAGCAAAAUACCAGAUUCCCAUGUAAUGCUCAGUGUAGUUAAUGGUUUCUAAGUCUCAUUUUUAUAUAACAAAAAAAAACAACUCUUUAAUAAACGGACGGGUUUGCUGGGACAGUGGCAAACCGGCGUAUUAAAAUGCAAAUGUGUCCCUUUUUUCAAUCUACCCAGGUCAAGUCAGUGGAGAAGAUGUUGAGUUUUCGAUCCGCUGAAUGAAGUCUUGUGUGUUAAUGAAAACUAUAUCUACAUAUAAAGUUCUUCAUGGGAACAGAACAGAACAAAAGAACCAGUUUAGCCUGAUUUUCUUGUUGUUUUGUUUGUCUUCAUUUUAUUUUUGCUUUUCUCUGCUUUCUAACUGAAGACAGGCAGAUGUGUCACUGCCUUGUGAAUGUCUGUUUCAGUCGUGAUAAGGCAAAUCGAGUCUUUAUUCAUGUAAUUGUGUUAGCUGUCAGACGGCGUGCUGUACCGCUCGCGAGGAGAGUCCCGCUCUAUGUUCUCCCAUCUCCCUCUGUAGAUCCUGGAUGUCACUCCGCCUGUACGAUGCUAUUUUUGGCUGCUUCGUAGGAAGGAGAGAAGAGAUCGUGACAGACAGGGACAUUGUUCAGUUCUGCCGUGAUCUACACUCAGACUCAGACACUGGGAAAGUUCGUUUGAUAGGUGGCCUAACCUCAAAACCCCAACCCUAACCCAUACACCCU